AUGGACAGCUUGCAAAAGUUGCAGGUGCUCUAUCUUGGUUUAAACAACCUGACUGGCACAAUUCCUCGAACCAUCGGUAACAUGUCAAGCUUGCACUUCCUGGACGUACCAUUUAACUAUAUUGGAGGUGACAUUCCGAGUGAGAUUGGCAAGUUGGUUAAUCUGGAAGAUCUGGGCCUCCAGAGAAAUUUGUUGACAGGCAAAGUGCCUCAAGAGGUCCCACCUUGCAAACUUUGCAAGUCCCACCUUGAAGGCGUCGCUGUCAAAGUACUGAAUCUCCAUAUUGAAGGCGCCUUGAAAAGUUUUGACAUAGAAUGCGAGAUUUUUCGCAAGAUCCGGCACCGAAAUCUCAUCAAGGUGAUUACCUCUUGCACAAAUGCUAAUCUGAGAGCUCUGGUGCUGCAAUACAUGCCCAAUGGGAGUUUGGAGAAGUGGCUAUACUCCAACAACUACAACUUAGGCAUCCAUCAACGAGUGAAGAUAAUGGUCAACGUCGCAACAGCAGUUGAUUAUCUCCACCAUGGCCAAUCGGAACCCAUUGUGCAUUGUGAUUUGAAGCCUAGCAAUGUUCUUCUAAAUGAGGACUUGGUAGUGCAAGUCUGUGACUUUGGAAUCGCAAAGAUUUUGGCUGAUAACAAGGUUGAAACACAAACUCGAACUCUCGUCACAGUUGGUUACAUUGCUCCAGAGUACGGUUUGGAAGGAAAAGUCUCGACAAAAGGAGACGUCUACAGUUUCAGCAUAUUGUUGUUGGAAGUGAUUACUAGGAAGAAGCCAACCGGUGAAACGUUUGAUGCGAAUAUGAGCUUGAGGCAAUGGGUAGGUGCAGCGAUUCCAGAUAGAAUGCUUGAUGUCAUGGAUAGUGAACUCCUUAGCACGAAUCUUGAAGAUCUGACACUUUUGGAACUCGAGAGCAUAGUCUUAUCAAUCCUAGAGUUAGGACUAGAAUGUUCAAAGGACUUGCCUGAGGAAAGAAUGGACAUGGAAACUGUCGUGGUUAAGCUCAACAAGAUCAAGUUGUCACUUCCUUGA